GGCCUACUUAGCUGAGGAAAAAAAUAAACUAAAAAGGAAAACCAGGAAAAACUAUACAAAUCCAAAAGGCAGCCGCCACACAAGGAGCUGCCAACUUGCAUAUUACGCCAGUGCGUUUCGCCUUUUUUCCACGCUUGUGACCCGUAGCCCACGUCCACUUUGUGGCGUGUGCAAACCAGAAGCCGCCAAGACGACUUACUCGAUAAUGAAGAUGAGCUCGCCCAGGAUCAUGCAGCAGAAGAGGAGUAGCAAGUCCUCCAACUCGUCGCGGGUCUCGAUGACGACCUCGACGGCGGAGGAGAAUCUUCUGGAAUCGAAGCUUUUCAGCUGGAUGAGGCUCUUCCGCUUCGCCUCGCUGCUCUGCCGCGCCGAGUAACGGACCACGAGAUCCUCCUCCCUCCUUCAAAUGUUAAGAGAAACGCAUAUUACAGAUACUCGAACUAGUUGCCGCUUUUCAGUCAAAUUUUCCUAUAUAUAGAAAGAGAGACACACACACCAAGAGAAACACCCCACAACACGCCCAUUUGUCACCUUAACUUUUUUCCAGCAAAUGUAGAAAAUAAGUAUUACAAAAUGAUUAAGCAAACAAAAUCCUACUCCUGCUCCCACAACCACAAGCAUAAUAUUAAGUUUAAGCUGAAAAGCAACAGAUAUAUCCAAAUCCAAGAAAUAUAAUGUUAAGUUUAAGCUUCGUUUUUUGGGAGAUCGAGACAUUUUUCAUUCAGUUAAAACAAACUCUUCACAAUUAAGUCAAUUUUUAGUGUAAACUCCGUUUCAACGGAGUUACUCGCGCCUUUCGUACCUUUUGUAUUGUAAUAAGUGAAAAAAAAAAACAUGGCAUAUUUACAAAUUGCUAACUAAAAGCAAAUAAAUAUUUAAAUCGUAAUCCACUUAUUGCGUUUAUUCGGGUUUAUUAUAUUAGUGCUUAAGUUUUCAAGAACAGCCGAACUAUAACACGAAGUACAUAUAUUUUUGUAAUUACAACACUGUUUUUGCGAGUCACAAGAAACAAACAAGCAAAUAGGCAAACACAUCAUGAUGAACCUUUAUGCAAGGCUAUUAAAUAGAUAAAUAUAUAUAUAUAUAUAUUAACUAAAGAUGCAGGCAAAUGCCGUACUAAACAAUAAUGUAGAGGAAUAUAUUUACACAUAAAACAACUCGAAUUGAAGGCGGAGUACAUGCAAAUGCGCUUACCCAACACUGAAACACGUACAUACAUCCACAUCCCGUUCACAAUAGUUAUCCAGCCCAGCAAUAUGAAAAGUGCAUUUAAUCCAAAGAAGUUGCCAAUCAACAAACAACAGCCACAAAUUGUUAACAACACACAAUUAGCAAUGCCAAGUGCAAUAGUGGACAUAAGCAAACCUCUUUAAUUCCAUAUACUAUAACCUCAGAUUAACAAAUGAACAACUACAUACAACAUCAGAUAAAUAACAAACAACAACAAAGUUAUCAGAGAUUUUCGAAAUUUAAAUUUACUUAUUAAUUAGUUAGUAAGCCGAAAAUGCAACCAUGCAAAAUGAACAUAACGGUAUAAUAACGGUAAUUGCCAAAAAACCAUGAGAUCAACUGUACUAGAAUACAUACACACUAGCAAUACAUACAACUGCAGCAGAUAAAUGUUGAGAAAAAUGCAAUAAAUCGGAUAUCGAUCAAAUAAAUAAAGUCUUUAAGCUGUUGAGUGUUCAAUGCAAUUCAA